AUGUUGAACGAAGAUGUGGGAGUUAUAAUAAACUUGAAUUCCAACUACUCUAAUUAUCAGUUUGACUUUCGAACAUUUCCCGUUCUUCUGUCUAUUUUCCCAUUUUUGUACAUGAUUCCAACUUGUUUUGUUACAUUUCGCAUAAUCGAAGUUUUCAUCAAGAAAGGAGUUAGAAAACAUGAUGAAACAAUCAACAGGAACGUUUUCCUUGUUAUCAUUUUAUCCCAACUAACAUGUCUCUGUUAUUUCUUCUGUGAUUUCGUGAUGAUCCGUCUUCCAUCCACAGGAAUUUUGACUUCUUGGUGCCAACGAAACCCACCAAACCUCAACCUGACGAUUUUCUUCACAUCCCACAUGUAUUUCAGCUAUCCUCUAAUGAUUUACCCAGUUUUACUCGCUAUAGUGAGAUACACUCCUAUUCAUUACCCUCAUAAACACCAUCUACUCAACACUAAAAUCCUCUCCUUCAGUAUUCCAAUAAUCCACUUCUAUCCAUUUCCCUUUCUAUUUUUCAUGUUCCCAGCUCUUGGUGUCUGCCGUCAAUUAAAACCACCGUAUCCAUUUGGAUCUGCAUUCAUUCAUUUCAUUGAAUCUUGGCAUGGAAUAAGGAAUUGCAUGAUGAAGUAUAAAUUCAAACAUAUUUUAUACCAGGGAACAUUUCUAAUUGACUAUCAACUCGGUAUAUAUACAUCAUUUCUUCGUCCGUAUGGAAAUGAUUUGGAAACUAGCUCAUUUAUGGAUAUGAACAAUGUAUCAAUUCAAGGAAAUCUUUUUUAUAUCAAUUACGAAUUCAACUUUUUCACAUUUCCAGUUCUUGUGGCUUGUAUCCCAUUGUCCUAUCUCAUUCCAACUUUUUUUAUUAUAUUCAAAGUAUUCAAAGUUUACAUUCGACAAUUUUUGGGAAAAAGAGAUGACACUAUAAACCCCCAUGUGUUUUUGGUUAUUGUUGCUUCACAGAUUACGAGUAUCUUCUACAUGAUAUCAGAUUACAUAACAAUUCGUCUUCCAUUCUCUGGUAUUCUUACAUCAUGGUGUGCAUCACAAGAGCCCAAUCAUCUUCUGAAACUCCUUUUCUUUUUCUCCAUUUAUUUCACAUUCAUAUCCUGGUUAUUCCCUUUUCUAUUGUCGGCUCUCCGACUGAUUCCUGUUUAUUUUCCCCGUAAGCACAGCGAGCUUUGCGCCAGAAUUACAAAGUUCGCUCUUCCUUCAAUUUACUUUUAUCCAUUGAUAUUCACAUUUACACUUAUUCCGGCUAUGGGAACUUGUCGACAAUUGCUGGGUCCUUAUCAGUUUGGAGCCAUUUUCAUUUGGUUCACUGGAAACUGGUUUGAUUUGAAGCUGAUAAAUGGGAUCGUACUGAACCUAGCAAUCUGGCUCAUUUUAUGCUCCAUAUCCAACUUGAUGCUAUAUAAAAAACUGAAGAAAUUGAAAAGUAAUCGCAAAAGUGUAAUACUUCAAAGAGCAGAAAUGUCUCUAACAUUGACUACAUUCUCCAUGUUACUCUCUUUUCUCACCAAUUUGUUUUGUGCUAUGAUUUUCCUAAUUCUUCCCUCUUUAACUGUCUACUUUAUCGCUCUCCGACCAUUUGCCAACGACUGUGAAAUUGUCUUCGCUCCAUGGAUUUUCUACCUGACUCAUCCAAUUUUCAAAAAGAAACAACAAGUGGCUUGUAUGAAAGAAGUAUCAAGAGUUGGAACUCUUCACACGACAUACUAA